AUGACCACUGUUACUCAAACCACUACCGCUACGCCGGUUCUCCAGCUCCGUGCGGAGCACCAGUCCACCCCCCGCGAGAGCAUUGUCGACGGGUGGUACCGAGGGGACAAGGCCAAGACUAUCCCUGCCCAGCGCAUCGGGUUCCCAGAGUUCGUGACUGGGACAGACAAGGAGAGCCUUCUUCAGAAGCGCCAGUGGGUGAAGGAACACUUGGCACUGUGUUUUAGGAUGUGGGGCAAGCUGGGAUACAGCCAGGGUGUCGCUGGUCACAUCACCGUUCGCGACCCUGUACUCCCAGACCACUUUUGGAUUAACCCCUUCGGCGUUCACUUCAGCGCCAUUACGGUUUCCAAGCUCGUCCUGGUUGGACCCGAUGGCUACGUGUCUCCCAUUGGUGCUCAGCUUCCCAUUAACGAAGCUGGAUUCGCCAUCCACUCCGCUAUCCACAAGGCUCGUCCCGAGGUGAACUCGGCGGCUCACUGCCACACGCAGUAUGGCCGGGCUUGGUCCGUGUUUGGCAAACCGGUCGAGGUCAACAACCAGGACGCGACUUAUUUCUACAAGAACCAGGGCAUCUACCUUGACGGCGGUCGUGUCGCUCUCGAGGCUGACGAAGGCCAGGCCAUCGCCGACGCCCUCGGAGCCACCAACCGUACUGGCAUUCUCCAGAACCACGGUCUCAUCACCCUUGGCGACACUUGCGACGAGGCAAUGUUCCUGUUCAACACACUGGAGAAGCAGUGCCAGAUCCAACUUUUGGUCGAGGCAGCCGCCGCUGGUGGCCUGAAGAAGACAGUCAUUUCCGACAAGGACGCCGAGUACACUGUUGCCGAGAUGCGCGACCCGGAGUGCCUGUACACCGAGAUUCAACCCGACAUCGAACUGUUCCGUGAGAAGUACCCAGCUGCUCUGCUUUGA